ACCAUUCAAGUAUUGGUAUGGCUCCCUACGAAGCUUUGUAUGGGAAACAGUGUAGGACCCCCUUGUGUUGGGAUGCAGUGGGAGAAAGACAACUUAUUGGUCCUGAGAUUAUUGAAAUCACAACAGAUAAAGUUAAAGUGAUCAGAGAGAGACUUAAGACGGCCCAAAGCAGACAGAAGAGCUACGCAGAUAAACACAGGAAGCAUCUUGAAUUUCAAGUUGGUGAUUGGGUAUUUCUGAAGUUAUCUCCUUGGAAGGGUGUGGUAAGGUUUGGUAAACGAGGGAAACUAAGUCCGAGAUAUAUUGGUCCCUAUGAGAUUGUGGAACGAAUUGGUCUUGUUGCUUAUCGCUUGGCUUUACCUCCACAACUAUCUCAAGUACAUGAUGUUUUCCAUGUCUCCAUGCUUCGCAAGUACAUCACUGAUCCUUCACAUGUGUUACCAGCUCAACCCAUUACACUUACAGAAGAUUUAACAUAUGAAGAAGAACCAGUACAGGUCCUUGAUCGUCGUGAGCAAGUACUUCGAAGUAAGAUUAUAUCUUUGGUUAAGGUAUUAUGGAGGAAUCACCUGAUUGAAGAAGCUACUUGGGAACCAGAGGAUCAAAUGAGGCAACAGUAUCCACAUCUUUUCCUUGACAGGUAAAAUUUCGAGGACGAAAUUUUAUAAGGAGGGGAGAUUGUAAUGCCUCGUACCUUAAAGUCUUUAUUAGUUACUUUUUACCGUGGUUGACCGAGGAGUGACUUUUUCUUUAGUCCGGUAAAUUAGAAAAUUUAUUUGAGAUUGUCGUAGAAUACGAAAAAUCGAGUUCGUGGACACGUAGUUUGUUUAAAUUGGAUUUAUAUCGGAAAAGUUAUGACCAAAAAUAGAAAUUUCUAUUUUUGGCAUGGCUUUUUGUUUGUGAGCUUCUAUUUGUGGAAGGAGGGCUUAUUAAAACAGACGGAAGAGAGAGAAAAGGGAAAGAAAAAAAAAAAAAGA